UAUUUGUCUGAUUUUGACAGUUGUUUAUUUGGAAAUUAAUCUUUUAAAAUAUCAUGAAUAUAAAACAGCAUGUGAUCUUUUCAGCGAAUUUAGUGAAAUAUACAUAAAAUGGCAACACAAGAGAAACUGGUUAAGUCCCUGGAAACUUUGCAACAAAUUCUAAAUUCCAAUCUCAGUUUUGAACCUACCAGGAAAAAGGAAAAAAUUUCCCUCUGCACAUUCAUCACAGAGACAUUGUCAAAUCCAUCAAUUCGAGUUGCACCUAGUUUUGGUAAUUUGUUGAGCUGGUCUGUGCAAGUUUUCUUACAAGUUUGUGGUGACUCCGAAUCUGAUGUGUGUUUGGUAGGAGAUGAAUGCCUAAACAGAUUAAUAAGGGCUACAAUUGAUGGACAUGCUAGUAAAAUUCAAAUUGAAUUGCAUAAAAAGAUAAAAGAAAAUAGUGAUGCAAAGUCCUUAAGAGCUGCCCUAUGGAGAUUUGCAGAACUGGCUCAUUUUAUAAGGCCUAAUAAAGGAAAGCCUUACGUAGCAAACUUUCUUCCAGUACUGUGUAAAGUGAUUGAAAGGCAAGAGGAAUUAAUUCAUGAAACCCUUGGAAAUAGUAUGCCCAAAAUUAUGACAUCUUUAGGAAACUUUAUGACUGAUGCAGAUGUUAAAACCCUUUUAAAAGGAUUUUUGAAUAACAUACAAAGUACUUCACCAGUGUUGAGACGUACAGCAGCUAACUGUAUUUUACCAAUCUGUUUACAUUGCAAAAAUUCUAAUUAUUUCUUUAUUUUUACCUUCAAUACGUUAAUUAAUGCACUUCUUCCAAUAGAGGAGUCCCAUACAAGUGCACUCAUUAUUGGUGCAAUGGGUUGUUUGAAGCAAGUAAUACCUCAUUUAAAUAGUCCUAAAUAUGACUCUGAAUUGAAAGGAAGUUUUGGAGUAACUAAAGAAUCUUCAGAAGUAACUGUAGCUGUUGAAAAAUAUAUACAGGUGUAUGAACUUUGUCUGUAUUAUUUAACAAAUUCAGAUCACAAUGUUAUAAAUGCCUCAUUGGAAACGUUAAAUAUUUUUUUACAAUACUGUCCACCUGACUGUAAAGAUAUUCUAUUAUCGCCAGAUGGUAUAAGCAAAAGCUUUCUAUUAUUUGAUGCAAAUUCGCGUUUAAAGUUUAAAUCGCCAAGUUCUCUGAGUGUAACGACAACUACACUUUCUGGUGACGAUUUAUUACAUUCAGAAUCAGAUUUAUUGGACUCUGUUCGUCCUGACAUUGAAAAAUGGAUUGACGAUUCUAAACUUUCUGUAAUUAACAUAAACUAUGUCGACGGUUCGUCACAAUUACCGGCCAAGAAUUCAACGAUUGAUCAUACUGAUUAUGACAUUGCCAGUUUUGAUGGUGGCUCAGAGUGUGCAGUUUCUUUGGCUGAAACUGAAUCGUCCGAUUUUGUCAAGCCUGAUUACAUUGCGGCUAAUACCGACCGAUUAGUUUUAAGCGAGAAGUCUUCAGAGAAAAGCUGUUCCUUUCAAGACACCAAAAGCAUUGAUACAUAUUAUGCACUGCAGGACGUCUACAUUGGCUCAUUUAACGACAAGGAUGUGCCCUUAUUGUAUUGCAUAAGAUUGUUAUCAAAAUCGUUUUUGCUGGCUGGAAAAAUGGGAAGCUUGAUACCUGACAAAAAUAUGAGAGUUUCUGUCAAGUCAUUGACUUUAACUUGUUUGUCUACAAUCGCUAGGUUGUAUCCUGAAGGAUUCUUUCAAUCAUUAGAUAAAAAUGAGGACGGUGGAACCGAAAAGCAGUACAUUUCAGAUGUUUUGCUUUAUAGUGAUCAUUCUGAUCCCCAGCUAAGAGGAUCUGUACGGAGUUUUGUUGCCAGUUUUAUCGAAACUGUUAUUGUUAAUAGCGGAAAUGAUUAUAAAGAAUGGAUUUUAAAACAUAGUCUCAGUACUGAAGGAAACGUAUUUGAUAUAAAAAAUCUAAUUAAAGUACUAGUGAAGGGUUUAGAAGAUGAGUCAUCAACUUGUGUAAGACAGACUGUUACAGGAUUAGAAGGAGUGUUGCAAAAGCUACUGCAGUCACAUGAUAAUCAACAUGCAUUACCCCUCUUGCAUGCAUUACCUUUUGUCAUAAAUAAUCCUUAUUGGUUGGUUAAGGUAAAAUUGCUGAAAGUCUUAAGCGAUUUGUGCUACACCACAAUUUACUAUAUAACUGGCAAUUCUCAUUUCCAAAACAAAAUUUUGUACAGCGUCCUGUUUGAAAUGCUGAAAGACGACGAUCCGCGUGUGCGAAAAACCUGUUCAAAAGCUAUAGUGAAAAUUAUUCCUUAUCUCUACUUUCCUCAAGAUAACUACAACGUUGAUGACGCUGUUUAUAAGGCAAAGCAGUUUAGAAAAGAGCAAGUUUCAGAGAUGCCUCAUGAUGAAAACGAUAUCAGUCCCAUAAAAAAACGUUUCAUAAGUGAAUUAGUUUUUCCAUUCAAUAAAAUUAAUGAAGAAAUAUCAGAAGAAGUUUGUCAAAGUUUAUCAAGAGUUGUAAUGGGACUAAAAGAAAUAAUGUUGAUUUCUAAAUCGAAAUACUUUAUUUAUGGCUGCAUAGAAACUCUUCGAAGAUUAUCCAUUUCUUACCCACCUACAAUCUAUUCGACAUCAUGGGGGUGUUUUGAAAGUUUUUCAUUAGAUCGAGAUAAGCCUUUAUCUGGUAGUAUUCAUGGUUUUGAUCUUUACAAUAUCUGUGUAACACUAUUGACAAGUAGUAGUCUAACAUAUGAUAUAAGCUGCCACAUAAAUCUGCUAGAUUUUGCAGGAAAUAUAUUUGCAGGUAAUUAA